AUGGUUCGCUCAACUUCCACUGGAAAUUCAGGAAAUAAUAUGGCUCUUGCGAGUCGCUGGAGACGAUAUGCGGCUUCAAACUUGACGGUCUCGCGCCAGACACAUCCCUGUCAUGGUGAUAUCCCAUGGAGGUCAAUUGCACAUCUGCAAUCAACCACAUCGAGCGUGUUCCAGAGUCUCACUCAUCUCGAUAUUGCCGAUCAAUUGUUGCUGGACGAAUCACAACCAGGCUUAGAAGAUCUUCAUUCGUUGAGUCACCUGUUUGUGAUUCUUAUAACCAAGAAGUCAAUCGCGGAGUCUGUGAAGCGCCUUCUCAGUAAUGUACAGCUGCGAGUGCUUGGGUUACGAGUCAUGGAGCCACACAAAGAGGUAAUAUCAUGGCUGAACAAAUAUAGCAUGAACGAUCCUCGAGUCGUGCUGUUGCCGAAGGAAUGGACAUGCUGGGCCAAGCUAGGCCAGGGAAGCAUGUUGGUCUGGGAGUUAGUCGAUGAAAUAUUACAAUCGCCACAACCGAAGGAAGGCACUCCCAAAGAAGCAAAUGCGAUGAUAGGCACAACGGAUGAUGUGACUUUGAACCAUGUGAUAGACGUUGAUCCUCUACUCUGGGUGAUGUAG